AAAUUUUCUAUAUUGAGAUCAAUGAAUAAGGUGAAUGGAUGUGUGUGUGGGGGUUGAAGUGUAUUGGUAAACCUGUUCUUCGACAAAUGUCAGAGAUGUUUACUUAUUUAUAAUAACAAUAAAGAGAAAUAACACAUCCCUUAAAAAAAAAAUACCAGUUAGUAGUGUGCAUUUGGUCACGUUAACGGCCAUUCAAAUUUCAGUUGUUCCGAAGCCCUUCGGACUUCAUGACCCUUCAUUGUUUUCGGUCACGUUUUUAAUUGAGAGGUCUGUUGCAAUCAAUAUAUAUAUAUAUAUACAUACACACUCUAUAUACGAGAAAAAAAUGACACAGUUUCAUUGACUUACGAUCCGUUGCUGCCCGAUCCUAGUAAUUAGGAACAUUUGUAAACAAAUCUGAUGCCACAUUAGGUGGAAACACGAAGGACAUUGCUAUCGUCGUUCCUCACAAUGACACCUGUACCUGUCCCAGCUGAUGAGCCACCCAAAAAGAGAUCAGCUGCUGAUUUCAUAUUUGGUAAAGUUAUUGGGGAAGGCAGCUUCAGUACUGUUUAUCUGGCUAAGGACAUCCACACCAACAAAGAGUUUGCAAUUAAAGUAUUGGAAAAGUUGCAUAUUAAGAAGGAGAGAAAAUUGGCUUAUGUGACUCGCGAGAAGGAAGUGCUUCUCCGUUUGGCAUCAUGGAACGAACUCUUUGUCAAAUUGUACUGUACCUUCCAAGACGUGGACCGAUUGUAUUUCGUUUUAACGUACGCCAAGAACGGUGAUCUGCUAACUCAUAUAAAGCACUUGUCCUUGGAAUGCGUGCGAUUCUAUGCUGCAGAGAUUAUUAUGGCCCUGGAGAGGCUGAACAUCAAGAAGAUCAUACACAGAGAUCUGAAGCCAGAAAAUAUUUUAUUGGAUGAGAAUUGGCACGUGCUGCUGACAGACUUCGGUAGCGCCAAGAUUGUUAAAGAUGAGAUUGAACAGGAGGAAUGCGGUGAGAAUAGCAAAAGGAGGAACAGUUUCGUCGGAACGGCGCAGUACGUUACACCAGAGGUCUUGACCGAUGGAAACGUGAGUUUCGCAAGCGAUCUGUGGGCCCUGGGAUGCGUCAUAUAUCAGAUGGUGUGCGGUACCGCACCCUUCCAGGCGGGCAGCGAAUAUUUGAUUUUCAAAAAAAUUCUCGAUUUGGAAUACUCCUUUCCCGAAGAUUUCGAUAGCAGAGCCAGGAAUUUGGUCGAGCAAUUGUUGGUAAUCAAUCCGCAUGAGAGGCUAGGGUCCUGCGAUGUUAAACCUUAUACGAGCAUAAGAGAGCACCAGUUCUUUAGUAAAAUAAAUUGGCACAAUCUUGGAAAGCCACCGAAAAUCUGCAGCAAUAGGGAGGUGGAAAUUGAGAUUUCGGAUGAAUUGGAGCCUGGAUUUGAUGAGCAGAAGGCAAGCAGAUUACAACUCGAGUUAAUAUGCCCGACGACUCCAACGCGCAAACGUUCGGAGGUUCGAAAUAUCGCCGAUAUAAGCGAUGAAGAGGUCGUCAGAAGGUUAGAAACGCAGAAACAAGAAAAGUGGCAUCAGUUAGUUGAAGGCAAUUUAAUUCUCAAGCAAGGCCUAGUGGACAAACGGAAGGGUUUGUUUCCACGGCGCCGGAUGCUCUUGUUAACCCAAGGACCCCAUUUAUAUUACGUUGAUCCAGCAACGAUGAUUCUAAAAGGCGAAAUACCUUGGAGCGAAGAUUUAAGACCUGAGGCGAAAAAUUUUAAGAUAUUUCACGUGCAUACGCCAAAUCGGGUUUACUACUUGGAGGAUCCAGAAGGUUACGCAUUGGAGUGGUGUAAAGCUAUAGAAGAUGUCAAAUCGUUUUAUUACACGUCAAAGUCGUCUUAGCAGCGAAAACAUUAGUCACAAUUGCAAAUACGUUAAUUUUAUAUCAUUUAUUACUUCCUUCCACCCUUUUUAUUAUUCUUCGUAGCUAGUAAAUAUUUAUUAUUUAUUACAUUUAUUUUUAAAUUAUCAGUCAUUUGUUUUAUCUAACCUGAAGAGAAGCAAAACAAGAUUUAUUACUUUCAAUAAAUUAGCUUUCAAGUGAGAAAAACAAAAUGUGGUUCAGUGUAGGAGGACCAUAUUUAAGACGCUAUUUCUAUUUUAAUCAAUAUAAAUGGUAUUUGUAGGAAUAUUAUCGUCAGACAUUUUAUAGCGGAAAUAACAAUUAGAUCAAAGGAGAAAAAUAAGACAUAGAGAAUAAACAAGCUGAAUAUUUA